AUGCUUUUCUCCUCUUCAAUUGCCCUCGCGGCACUGUCGUUGGCAUCGGUCGCCAAUGGACUGAGCAUCCUCAUGAGCAAUGAUGAUGGUUUUGGGAGUGGGAACCUCCGGGAGCUGUACAAGAUUCUGAAGGCCGAUGGACAUGAUGUAUGGAUUGUCGCUCCAGCCACUGACCAGAGCGGCCAGGGUGGUCGAUCCGACUUCAGCAAAUUCGCGAACCUCACCGCACCCUCCGAGUUCAACCUUAUCCCCGCCGGAGCUCCUGCAAUCGGCCCAGACCCAAUCGACAACCAGAUCUGGUACUACAACGGCACGCCAGCUGCCUGCGUUUUCGUCGCUCUUGACUACGUCCUACCACGCUACGGCUCCUUCAAGACCCCCGACCUCGUCGUCUCCGGUCCCAACUUCGGUACCAACCUCGGCCCCUUCCUGUACACCCUCUCCGGCACCAUGGGUGCCACCUACGCCGCAGUAGGUCGUAGCAUCCCGGGCAUCGCGUUCAGCGGUAGCAACCCCUCAGUCCCCUACUUCAACGUCACGAACUCCACCAACCAGGCCACCUGGACCGCCGCAGUCUCCGCCAGGGUCAUCAAGUCCUUCAUCGAGGCCACCCCCAAGGGCCAGGCCAUCUUCCCCCUCGGCUACGGCGCAAACGUCAACAUCCCGCCCCUCAACGCCUCCUACACCAACCCGCCGAUCUUCAAGACGCGGUUGACCGGCAACGCGGACAUAGACCUCGCGGCGUGGAACGAGACGACUAAGACGUUCCACUAUGCGAACCUGGAGCCGCAAGCUGCCGGUAUCAACUCGUGUAUUAAUGGCGACUGUAGUUUGCCUGGAGAGACGUAUGUGGUUGAGGGAGGUGGGGUCAGUGUGUCGAUCUUUACGGUGGACUAUGAUGCGCCGCUGAAUCCAUAUACGACGAUGGUGUAUAACAAGUUGGAUGGGAUUGUCGCGAAUGCGACGACGCCGUCACGGAGGAAAUUCAAGAGGAGCUCGGUGUACACACAUCCGUAA